AUGUAUGAAACAGAUUCGGAUAGCUCAAGCUCAUCCUCUUCCUCAUCAUCUUCCUCCUCCUCCUCCUCCUCUUCCUCUUGUAGUUCACUUCCUCCAGUGUUAUCAGAUGGAGAAGAUGAUUUGCAAUUUGAGAAGGAAAAUAAAAAUUUUCCACUUAAAACAAAAGAUGAAUUACUUCUUAAUGAACUACCUUCUGUUGAAGAACUCACUAUUAUUCUGCCUGAAGAUAUUGAAUUAAAGCCUCUUGGGGUGGUUUCAAGCAUUAUCGAACAACUAGUAAUAAUAGAAUCUAUGACUAACCUACCUCCAGUUAAUGAAGAAACUGUAAUUUUUAAAAGUGACCGACAAGCUGCGGGAAAGAUAUUUGAGAUAUUUGGACCUGUUGCACAUCCAUUUUAUGUGCUACGGUUUAAUUCUUCAGAUCAUAUUGAGAAUAAAGGUAUUAAAAUAAGGGAGACUAUGUAUUUUGCUCCAUCAAUGGAAGACUUCACCCAGUAUAUAUUCACAGAAAAACUUAAACAAUACAGAAAGCUAAGUACUAGAGCUACGUUUAAUACACAGGCUUAUUCUCCUCACCUGAAAGUAUGUACUACUAUGAAAUUGGCAAACCUAUAUAACGUAAUUGUAUAUGCUUUUCUCUGCAAGGCCUUAGAUUUUAGUGAUGAUGAAAAGGAGGAAGCAGCCAAACAGAAGAAAAAGUCUCAGACUCAAGGCCGGAAAAAACUCAAAUCUGAAUUGAAUGAGUCAAGUGAAGAUUUUGCUGAAGUACAUCAGAAUUGGAAUGCUCAUGGCUCUGCUUCAGAGCAUUACAAAGGAUACCACAACAGAAAAUUCACACGAGGCUUUUCCAGGGGUGGAUAUCCUCGCCAUGGCAGGCCUCCAUCUCAGCAAUUUUGUAACUCAGAACAUAUAGUAUCUCCAUUUUACAAUUCAGAACAUACGGUGUCUCAGGGGACUUCAGGAUUUAAGCCUCAGAGACAAGAUAAUCCUAUUAUGCCACAGUACCCGUUUCCUCCUCCGAUGUUUGACAUGUAUAAUUUUUCACUGAAUCACCCACCCCCACCCCCAGUGUUUGACAUGUAUAAUUUUUCACUGCAUCACCCACCCCCACCCCCAUCCCCAUCUGUAAACAUGAGUUGGGCUGCAGCAGCUGUGGCAGCUCAUCCAUCAGUCAACUUAGAAUACUCUCUGCCUCCACCGCCACCCCCUCCCCCGCUGCCACCUCCAUCCUCUUCUGGAGACAGUCAUUCUUCUCAUUUUGGACCUUACUAUUAGGUAUAUAUAUGCAUUUCCAGAAAAGUGUGGACUUUUCAUAUUAUAUGCUAAGGAUUUUAUUUUAAAGAAAAUAAAGUGAU